AUGGCAGUCGGAGGCAAGAAGCCGGUAAACAUCUUCCGCCUGAAGAAUUUGGGCGAGCCCAAGGAGAUCUACAACUGGAAGCUCUGGUUUGCGGUCAUCUCCUUCGGUUUGAUGGGAGCCGCGCGAGGUAUCGACGAGGGCCUGAUCGCCGCCGCCUUCAACUCCAAGAAUUUCCAGAGGGAGAUCAACUACAGUUCCUAUAGUACGGUGGAGCAGACCAACAUCAAGGCCAAUGUCUCCGCCAUGGUGCAGAUCGGGUCGGUGGGCGGUGCUCUCUUGGCCUUCGUGGUCUGUGACCGCAUCGGUCGUAUUUGGGCCACCCGUCAACUGUGUGUUCUGUGGAUUCUCGGUAUCGCCAUCUUCAUGGGAAAUAAUGGCAAUCUGGGCGCCGUGUAUGCUGGGCGUUUCGUGGCAGGACUUGGGGUUGGACAAACUGUGGUGGUCGCUCCUAUCUAUCUGGCAGAAAUCUCUCCCGCAUCCAUCCGAGGUCUCUGCACCUGCGUUUUCACCGGUUUCGUCUAUCUGGGCAUUGUCCUGGCUUAUUUUGCCAAUUACGGAUGCCAGGUGAACCUAGGUGAUAACACGCACAAACAAUGGGAGGUCCCCACUUCUCUGCAUAUUAUCUUCGCCGGCUUGAUCUUCAUCCUUUCGUUCCUGCAAUAUGAGUCCCCCCGCUAUCUCAUUAAGCAAGGCCAGCUGGACAAGGCGAUCGACAGCCUAUCCCGCGUUCGCAAUCUGUCCCCCGAUCAUGAGUAUGUGGUUCGCGAAAUCAUCGCCAUUCAAAGUGCACACCAGAUGGAGAUGGAAGCCACUAUGGGUUCCGGCCCAUUGGGGAUUAUCAAGGAGACUUUCCUGGUUCCGUCCAACCUCUACCGGGUUUACCUCGCCUUGAUGGCACAGAUUCUGUCGCAAUGGUCGGGAGCGGGGUCCAUCACGUUAUACGCCACCGACCUGUUCAAACUGCUUGGAAUCACCGGGGGCAACGAGAACCUCCUGGUAACGGCGAUUUUCGGAAUUGUCAAGCUGGUGGCUGCGAUUCUAUGCGCGCUCUUCCUCGUUGAUGUGAUCGGUCGCAAGCGGGCCUUACUGCUCGGCAUCACUUGCCAGGCCAUUUCCAUGAUCUAUGUGGCCGGGUUCCUGACGGCGGUCCCGGAAAUGGGGGUGGUGAAAAGCUUCAAGCUGCCCGCAUAUAAGAAGGGGGCCAGCGAGGGUGCGAUCGCCAUGAUCUACAUCUCGGGCUUCGGAUGGGCGCUCGGCUGGAACUCGAUGCAGUACCUGCUGACCGCCGAACUGUUUCCUCUCCGGAUCCGCGCCUUGGCCACGUCACUGGCGAUGACUUUGCACUUUGCUAAUCAGUACGGCAGCUCGCGGGCGGUACCCAACAUGCUGCUGCCCGUGGCCGAUGGGGGAAUUAGCCCUAUGGGCACGUUCUGGUUCUUUGCGGUCGUAACAAUCAUCGGUGGUAUUUGGGUCUGGUUUAGUGUGCCCGAGACCGCCGGUCGGACACUGGAGAGCAUGGAUCGGCUGUUUGCUCUGCCCUGGUACCAGAUCGGCCGCCACGGCAACAAGGAUGCCGAGGAGCGCGACCAGGUGCUGGAUGAGAAGAUGGAGGUGAUGGCAUCCCAGCAAGGCACGAUCCAGCAUGUUGAGCAACAGGUCUGA